AUGGCGCCUGGGUUCGGGCACGGUGGCAAGCGAAAGCGCCCUGAGCGCACGUCCCUGCCCGGCGAUUCAGGUAACAAUGACAGCCUGCGACCCUCACCCCAUCGCCCUGGGACCCUCAACAUGGCACAUCACCCAACCCACCCCGGACAGCAAUCCUCCCCUCCCAGAGAGCAAAACGACACGCGUGACAGAUCUCGCCGACAAUCGCAUCGCAACCGGGCUGGCUCCCGACGCGGAUCCUAUGAUGGUCAGAAUUUUUCGAGUUCGCAAUCCCGAGAACCGAAUGCUAUGUCUCCACCACCGAUAACCCAGCCUAGGGAAGCUGCCGACCCAAUUCCAUACAAUGGUGACUCGGCCGCAUCGCGACCUACCCUUUCUCCCGCGUCGAAUACUCCUGCUUCACAACCGCCCGUUAACCCGCCGUCUCGAGCUGGCUCGGAGACUAUCGCCCAAUCCGCCUCCCUCCCAUCUCCUUAUGACUACGAAUUCGUGACUGAUAAUGCUGUUGAGGAAUGGACUUCGACCGGCAAACAAAUGGUAGUGGAGGAAGGAACUGCGGCUCGCCUGCAACAGGAUCUGGCCCAUCUAGCAUCUGUAUACCAGGAGCUUAUUCGAUCCGCAAUUCACGGCCGAUUGUCGCCGUCUGAUGCAGGUAAUGCUGUGAGGGAGAUCAUUGGCGAAGACUCUGCAUCCCAGAAUAUGAACACAGAUGCCGACAGUGGGAACCCUCCAACCCAAGGACUCGACCCGCGCUCCCUGUUCCUUGAUACCCUUUCCAUUAUGACUGAUGCCGAUACCUCAAACGUGGCUCUCAAACCCCUCGUGUUUGCGACAGGCAUCGAUGCCUCUUUGAUGCGCCUGCAGCUUGACACUCCGUUGCUGCAGGCUCUAGGAUUGGUCCGAGAAACCUUUGCGCGCAUGGGGAUUCGCAAGCAGACCAAUUUGCUUUACCGACAAUCCAACUACAAUCUUCUCCGGGAAGAAUCCGAGGGAUAUUCCAAGCUUCUCACCGAGCUAUUCACCACAAGCAACAACGAGCCACCCUCUAGUGAAGUGGUACAAGAUACCUUCGAAAGAGUCAAGGCCAUGAUCGGCGCAUUUGAUAUGGAUGUUGGACGUGUACUAGACGUUACGCUGGAUGUGUUUGCUGCUGUGCUUGUCAAGCAAUACCGCUUUUUCGUGAAGCUCCUGCGAGCCAGCUCCUGGUGGCCGAAAGAAGAAACCCACCACAACCUAGAAAAAAGCCGCCGUCACUCCGGUAUUCCGAAUUGGGCACUUCCUGGGUCAAGUGGUUGGUCCACAUCCGAGGAGGAUCGUUUGGCUAUCAUGCAUGCCAAUGAAGAGCGCGAUAGCGAGUUCUGGGACCGAGUGAGGGAGAUCGGACUUCGCGCCUUUUUCGAGAUUGGUCGCAAACCCAUUACAGAUGAGGAGAAGCAACGGAGCCUUUCAGAGAAUAAUGGGUCGUCCUUUGAGGAAGAUGCCACACGCGCAUGGCUCGAAGAGACAGGUACCCUUCCUCCGAAAGGCAACCGGGUUGCAGCACAGCUCCUUGGUUUCAAGUUAAGAUUCUACUCUUCCUCGGCUCGAAACAAGGCCGAUGUUCUCCCUGAUAAUCUCAUUUAUCUUGCCGCCCUGCUCAUCAAAGUUGGGUUCAUAUCCCUACGUGACCUCUAUGCUCACCUUUGGCGAUCAGACGACGACAUGGAGACUUUGAAGGGCGAAAAGAUGGCAGAGAAGGCCGAAAGAAUCAAGGCUGGUCGGCCUGGUGGCGGAAUUAACGCUUUGAUGAUGGCAGGCGCUUUAUCGGACGACACGGUUCCCCCACCACGCUUGCGCGACGAACCGCGAGUCGCUACCCCAGCCAAAGAUCAAGAACCCGAGAAGGACACAUCCAACUCGGAAGAUGAAUUGCCAGAUCCAUCCGACCAAAAAGUCCUGCUUCUCAAGAGUCUUCUCUCCAUUGGCGCUAUUCCCGAAUCUCUUUUUGUCAUUAGCAAGUUCCCUUGGCUGAUGGAAGCCUAUCCUGAGCUACCUGAAUUCAUUCAUCGCAUCCUUCAUCACUCAUUGAACAAGGUUUACGUUCAGUUCCGGCCAGUAUUCUGUGCCGGUGACUUCCCCGGGUCUCAGCCUCUGGUGACUUCCGAACAAAAUGGCCAACCCAAGGGCCGGAUUGGACUCACGCCCCGUCCUGCGAGACGAGUUCUACGUUGGGCUCAGCUGGAUAAAGAAGAUACUAACGAUGGUACUGAUUAUCGAUUCUACUGGGAUGACUGGGCCGAUAAUAUCCCCAUCUGCCAGUCUGUCGACGAUGUAUUUGCACUUUGCUCGUCCUUCCUUAACCUCUCUGGUCACAAGAUUGGACAAGACGCCAGCCUCUUGGCGAAGCUUGCGCGCAUUGGCAAGGGAAGUUUGAUCCAGGACAAAUCUGAAGAGAACCGAACACGUUGGCGCGACCUUUGCAAGCGGCUCCUUUUGCCUGCUGUUAGUCUCACAAAGGCAAAUCCUGGAGUUGUCAAUGAAGUGUUCGAUUUGAUCAGUUUCUUCCCUCGAGAUGUGCGGUACAACAUGUACGCAGAGUGGUACUCGGGACAGACAUCCCGGCUGCCAGACAUCAAGGAGGCCUUCGACCAGGCGAGAGCGGAGACCAAAGACACCCUCAAGCGACUUAGCAAGACCAACAUCCGACCUAUGGCGCGCGCAUUGGCUAAGAUUGCCUAUGCCAAUCCCGGGAUCGUCAUCAAUGUCGCCAUCAGCCAGAUUGAGUCGUACGAGAAUCUCAUUGAAGUUGUGGUUGAAUGCGCACGCUAUUUCACUUACCUUGGCUACGACAUUCUCUCUUGGGCUCUCAUCAAUUCGCUUGGUCAGAAAGGACGCAGUCGUGUCCAAGAAGGUGGUCUUUUGACUAGUCGGUGGUUGAACGCCCUGUCUACAUUCGCAGGUCGAACCUAUAAGCGAUACUCGGUUAUGGAUCCGACUCCAGUUCUCCAAUAUGUUGUGGAGCAAUUGCGACGCAAUAACUCAACCGAUCUCAUUGUACUAGAGCAAUUGAUCAGCUCAAUGGCUGGUAUCAUUUCGGACAACGACUUCAAUGACGCACAAAUCCAGGCCAUGGCAGGUGGUGAUGUCCUGCAAUCACAGACAAUCCUGCAACUUCUGGAUAAACGUCAUGAGUCCAAAGUCACAUCCAAACGGUUGCUUAAGUCAUUGACACACACCAGACUCGCUGGUCAGCUGUUGGUUGCCAUUGCUCAGGAACGAUUGACUUGUGUUUACAAAGAAACUUCCUCGGAGCUCAAAUUGCUCGGCAACAUCUUUGACGAGAUCCACCGAAUCCUCACACAGUAUCUCGAUUUGCUUCGUAGCAAUUUGUCAGUGGAUGAAUUUGAUUCUUUUGUUCCGGCCUUUUCAUCUCUUGUCGCUGAGUUUGGGAUUCAGCCUGAAAUCGCUUUCUGGAUUCGGCGGCCCAGCAUCGCUCGGAAAAUACUCGAUAUUGAAGAAUCAAAGCAGGAGAAGGAAGGUUCCACAGCUGUUGGCACGGACUUUUCAUCCAAGUCAGAUGGCGAUAACAAGAUGGAUACUGCGGAGGAUGGAGAACCGCCUGCGAAGAGCGAAGAAAUCUUGGCAGGCAAUGCUAUGGAUAUCGAUAAAGACGAGUCAGGAGUUACAGUUGCGAACGACGGGGCCGACGGUGUCCACGUUCCUGUGGUCAAUGCCGAGCCAUUGGCAUCAAAUCCCGUUAUGCAAGAACUGAUUGACGAUGUCAAAUCCGCUCUCCCUGCCGAGACAUGGGAUACCAUUGGUGCACACUUCUAUGCCACAUUUUGGCAGCUUUCCCUCUAUGAUGUCCAUAUCCCUCAAAAGUCUUACGAGGAUGAGAUCGACCGACUCAAACGACGAGUCGUCUCUAUCAACAGCGAUCGAUCUGAUAUGAGCAUGGCGGGCACGACGCGAAAAGAGCACAUGAAGAGGCAAGUUACUCAACUACAGGAGCGCAUCCUAGAUGAGAACAAGAAUCACCUCAAGGCGUAUGGACAGACACGCUCUCGAUUGCAGAAGGAGAAAGACAAGUGGUUCGCUGGCAUGCGUCUUAAGCACGACUCUCUCAACAUCGCCUUGUUGGAGCAAUGCUUCAUCCCCCGACUCCUUUUGUCCCCUCUUGAUGCAUUCUUCUCCUUCAAAAUGCUGAAGUUCCUACACAGCUCUGGAACCCCCAACUUCCGGACCGUCGGUCUGCUCGACCAGCUGUUCCGGGAGCAGAGACUUACCGCUCUCAUCUUCCUGUGCACGUCCAAAGAAGCAGAUAAUCUUGGUCGUUUCUUGAAUGAGCUCUUACGCGAUCUUACCAGAUGGCAUGCCGACAAGGCUGUCUAUGAGAAAGAAGCAUUCGGCGCCAAGAGAGACCUUCCUGGAUUCGCGAAGAAUGUUGACCCCGAGGGAGUGCCAGUGAUGUUCUUGGAGUUCGAAGAUUUCCGCCGCCUGUUGUACAAAUGGCACCGCCUGUUCUCCAAUGCACUCAAGAGCUGCCUCAAUAGCGGUGAAUACAUGCAUAUUCGGAAUGCAAUCAGUGUUCUUAAGGCUGUUGUGCAGCACUUCCCUGCUGUGAACUGGAUUGGCCGCGACAUCCUGCACUGUGUUGACUCCCUAAGCAAGAAUGAUGAGCGAGAUGAUGUGAAGAUCCCUGCCGCUUCCUUGAUUGGUGAUCUGAACCGACGAGAGAAGAAAUGGAUGUUGCCACAGGCUUUCUAUUUCGUCGCAGCUCAGCCUGGAUCUCAACCACCUGCCGACGCAACUGGAAAGCCCGGAACUCCGCAGUCUGGCUCGACGCCCUUGAACGCCUCGGCCGCCGAGUUCAACCCCGCAAAGCCCGAGGGCACUGCCAAGCAAGACCAGUUCGGCAAGACUGAAGUUGAGGAUGGUGAGAUCGAGGAUGCGAAGAUGACUGAUAGAGGCGAGGGUAAGCCAACUAGCACGCCUUCUCAGGCUGGAUCUACGACACCUUCCGUGGUUACUGGAGACAUCGGUCAAGACGCUGCAUUCGGUGAACAGCCUCCUGUACGAUCUCGGCCACAUUCCCGUGCCCCCGGUUCGUCUCGUCAGCCUGAUAUUCCCAAGCGGCCCGAUAUUCGUCAACAAAUUCAUCCUCCUGUUCGCCCCCCGCCGCGACACAGCGAUGGAAGACUCCCUCCGCGCCCCGAGGGAUUAGAUGAUCGCCGAGAUAGACAUCCCGAUUUCGGCCCCCGUGGUCGUCAUGGUGGCCCUGAUCAUAACCGCUCGUUUGAUGGUUCUCUCGGGGAUGUUCGGGGACGUCUCAAUGAACAUCUUAACGAACGUGAACGCGAACGCGAGUUCCCCCUGCGACCUCCGCCCGAUGAUCUCAUGCGUGGACCACCUCGCGAUGCCCGUGCUAAUCGCGAAAACGGUUGGCCUAUGGAUCGGCCCAGUCGCAUGCGUGGACCUGGACCCAAUGAUUCAUUCCAUGGACGUGAUGCCCCUAUACGAGGAGAAUUGAUGCCUGACCACAUGGACCGGCCUCUCGAUAUUCCUCGGCGUGGAGAUCCAUCCAGGCCAGAUAAAGAGGAUAGAAGACCUUACCCGUCGCGCCCUCUAUCACCACCCAGGCCUGCUGACUUGCCAAACCGCCCUGAACGAUUCCCUCCCCCCGAUGAUCGCCGGCCUGCCGGAUUCCCUCAGUCUUCACGCAUUGAUGAUCUUCCCCGAGGCCCUCGCGUUGAUCGACAAGGCGAUCCGAGAGACAAUGUCCAAGGUCCUGAUAUGACUCAUGGUCGUCUCCGACAACCGGAACCGCCAUCUGACAUCCCUGCUGGUCCUCGAGGAAGACGCGGUGGACGCAAUGCCCCUGGACAGGCACCCCCAAUGCUUAGCUCAAGCAAUGCUACAAUGCCCGUUCCGGACCGUCUGGCGCCUACUGGCCCUGGCCGACAGGGUGGGCGGGUUCCAUCCGAACAACCUGCUCCUCCUACACAGCCUUCGGGCUCGACUCCUACUCCGGGAAUUCACCCAGACCGUCUCAGAAAUCUUGUCAAUGAGCCUGCGGCCCCCGCUGCUGCUCCCUCCGGCCCUCGCGCGUCAGGCCCGCAACAACCACCCCGAGGACCUUCUGGCCAGUCCGGUCAGUCUGGGCAAUCUGGACCCCCUGGACAAGGUUUUGGUGGGGAGCGUGGCCGCGGCGAUAAACGUUUCGCCGGCCUUAAUAACAUGCUCCAGCAAUCUGGCGGAGGAGGUGGUGAACGGGGUGGAAACCCUCCACCUGUUCGUGGAAGAGGUGCCAAUCGUCAGUCUAAUGCUAUGGAAGCACCAUCGCCUCAGCCUCCCAACCGCCCACCCAUGGGUCCUGCGGGACCGCAAGAAGACCAAUCUCGCAACCGACCAAACGGGGGCCGAGGUGGUGACUUAAUUGAUGAUCUCGUUCCCGACGCCGGUCGCUCUGGGCGCUCUGGUGAUCGUGCCCGUGAAAUGGACCCUACUCGUGAGAAAGAGCCCGAGCGCCGCGAGGGUAGCAGCAGUGGUCGCAACCGACGCGAUGGCCGCCGCAAUGACCGCGAGCGUAGCCGUCGAAGUGAUGUAGGAACUGCAACCCGUGAUGAGAAGGCCACUGGCGAGCCCCGUGAAACUCUGCGUCGGGUGCAAAGCUCGCGCGAAGAGAUGCGACGUCGCGACCGACGUGACCGUCCUGAGGGACCUCCGGAGAUGACUGGACCAACACCCGGCAACAAUGACGCCCAUGAAGCUGAAGGUCGUCUGCGACCCCCAUCCUCCAUGGGAGCGCCACCGCCCCCACCGCCUCCUCCACCUCCCCCUAUGCCGGAAGGAAAUGAGCGCCGUUUCCACUCUGGUGCCGACCGCGGCAAUCGAUCUGACAACCGGGAUCGCGAACGCGAGCGCCGUGGUGAUCGACGCGAUCGUGAUCACCAUCGCGAAGGUGGUAGCAGUUCUGGAGGCUCCGGUCACCGUAAGCGCGGCCGACAGGGUCCUGAUGACAACACUGGUGGUGAUGGUGGACGUGGCAUGAGGAUGGGAAAUGAUAACAAGCGUCCUCGUCGAGGAGCUUAA